AUGGCCAAGGCAAGAGUAACUCCCAUAAAGAAAGUAACUACACCAAGGCUUGAAUUGACAGCAGCUUGUGUAGCAGUUCGGUUAAGUCGCAUUCUCCAGAAGGAACUUCAGUACAAACUCACUGAUAUCUAUUACUGGACAGACAGCAUGUCUGUUAUCAGGUAUGUCAACAAUGAAACAUCACGUUUCAAGACUUUUGUGGCUAACAGAAUCACUAUUAUCCGAGAUGGUUCGGAUCCCCGGCAAUGGAAACACAUUCCAACUGCACUGAAUCCAGCUGAUGCUGCUUCAAGAGGCAUGAGGAUGGCCACAUUCUUAAAGAUGGAUCAGUGGUUCAAGGGACCAACCUUUCUUUGGGAAUCCGAAGAGGAAUGGCCCUCUGUAGUCAAGGCUUGUGACAAUAUUCCAGAAGAUGACCCUGAAAUGAAGUCUGUAGUGGCUGCUACGGUGACAGAUGAAUCUGUGGACAUUAUGAACAGGCUGCUGAACUACAGUUCAUCCUGGCUGAAACUGAAAAAGAUUGUAGGUUGGUUCCUCCUUUUCAUGGAUUAUCUGAAAAGGAAAUUGAAAGAGAAACAAGAGUCAGCAAAACGAACUCAAGAGUGUGCUGAACACUUAGCUAAGAGUAAGAAAACCAAAGUGACAGUACAAGAGGAGAAAUCUAGAGGUCACCUGACAGUCAAAAUCAUGGAGAAAGCUGAGGUCACCAUAUUAUGUUACAUCCAACAGCAGUAUUUCCAUGAUAUCAUCAGUGCUCUUAAAAACCCAAGCAAAGAAUCAAGACUGAACAAGUCAAUUCGUAAAUUGGAUCCGUUCCUCGAGGAUGGACUGCUUCGAGUUGGUGGACGGUUGAGUCAGGCUUCAUUACCUUAUGAAGUAAAGCACCCCAUUAUAUUGCCCAAAAAGUGCUUUGUGUCUCAACUGAUAGUACAAGAUUCCCAUGAAUCCAUGGGGCACAUGGGCAAAGCUGCUAUGAUGACGUACCUGCGCCAACGAUAUUGGAUACAAGGAGUGGGACAUCUUAUUAAAAAGAUUACUUCUACAUGUGUUAUAUGUAGAAGGUGCAGUGCUCAGAGAAAAAAACAGAAAAUGGCAGACUUACCUGUAGAUAGGCUGACAGCGGGUGAACCACCCUUCUCACGUGUAGGCGUUGACUUCUUUGGUCCCUUUGUGGUCAAAAGGGGUCGUUCAAAUGUGAAGCGCUAUGGGGUAGUCUUCACUUGUUUGGCUUUGAGAGCAGUGCAUCUUGAGCUGGCCGCUUCCCUCGAUACAAGCUCUUGUGUCAAUGCUUUCAGACGAUUCUUUGCAAGAAGAGGACAUCCCAAGAAAGUUUGGACUGAUAAUGGAACGAAUCUAGUAGGCUGUGAGAGGGAAAUGAGAGAAGACAUACACUUAUGGAAUAUCGAACAACUGCAUCAGACUUUCCUCCAGAGGAACAUUUCGUGGGAGUUCAAUCCUCCAUCCGCCUCUCAUCACGGUGGGGUAUGGGAGCGCAUGAUACGUACCAUAAGGAGGAUCUUGUACUCUCUUCUGCACAGUCAAGUCAUACAUUUAGAUGACGAUGGUCUUCAGACUCUCUUCUGCGAGGUCGAGGUUAUUGUUAACAGUCGCCCGAUUACCACUGUGACAAAUGAUGUCAAGGACCUGACACCGUACCAUUGA